AUGAAUAACAAUAAUAGAAUUACAAAUGAUAGUAUUGAAUAAAAUAGAGUGGAGUGUUCAAAAAAUGGAUAAAAUCAAAUAGAAGUAAUAUUUGUAAUUAAUUAAUUUAAUAGUCUUCAUUCAAUAAAAUCUAAAAUCAAAACAUUUUAUAAUCAUAAUCAAAUUAAAAAAUAUAAUCAUUCAAUAAUAAAUCAUUUAUCUAUCAAUUAAUUCCAGAAUAUUCUAUUUUAUAAAAGGAAAUCUGUUAUUCAAUAGCUAUUAAUCAUGAUUGUUCAAUAUUUUUGGUUGGAUGUGAUAGUUAAAUAAAAGUAUUUGAAUUUAAGUAAGGAAUGAUUAAACAAACUUAAAUUUUAAGUAAACAUAAGUAUUUUGUAUAUACUCUAAACUUUAUGAAUAAAUCUAAUUAAUUUAUAUCUGGGAGUGCUGAUAAAUCAAUAAUUAUAUGGUAAACAAAUUAAAAAAAUUAAUGGAUUCCCUAAUAGAUAUUAAAUGGACAUAGUAGUAUUAUCUAUUGUUUAAUAUUAAAUAAUAAUGAAGAUUUAAUUAUAACAGGAAGUAGUGAUAACACUAUUAAAUUUUGGAUGAAAAUGAAUAUAUGGACAUGUUAAUAGACAAUUAAAGAUCAUUCUUUUAGUGUAUUUGGAUUAAGUGUUAAUUCAUAAUAAAAUAAAGUUAUAUCUUGUGGUUAUGAUAAAUUAAUCUUAAUUAUGGAACAAUAAGGAAUGAAUAAAGAAUGGAUUGUAAUAUAAAAGAUUACAGUUGAAUAAUUUAAUUAUCGAGUAUGCUUUAUUGAUAAUAAUAUGUUCACAUUAUCAUAAUAUUCCAAAGAAUACAUAUCUGUUUAUGAGAUGAACAGAAUCAAUCAAUAAUUUACAAAGAUUAGUGAUAUUGAGGUAAAAUGUGGAUCAGAUACUAAUUGCUUAUUUCCUUAAUAAUACAUAAAUUCGAAAUGUAUUCUUGUAAGUAAGAAUGGUCAAUAUGUCAAUUUAAUAAGAAAAAAAAUAAAUGGAGAGUUUUUAAAUCAAUAAUCUAUUCAUUUUAAUACUUUUGAUUUAUUUGGAAGAAUGAGUGAUGAUGGAUAGUAUUUAAUAACUUGGGAUGAUAAAUCAAAUUAAAUAUAAAUCAGAAAAUAUAAAGAAUAAUGA